AUGACGCUGGCGAGGAGCACAAUAGCGACGCAAAAGGUAAAGACAAUGGAGUCCAAUCCAGCCACAGGAAUCGAACCUUGGCGAGCCGCUAAAAGGCAGACAAUCAAGCCUGGGACAGCGAUGGCUCUUGCGGCAUUCGAACAGGGGGCCCAUGGAGGACCCCACGAAGGCGAGGGCGUGUGGCGCUGCGAGGAGCCGUGGCACAGCGCGGAUCGUCAGCGGGCAUCUAUGCCGACGGCAAUGGAAAGGAGUAGCAGCAGGCGGUCUGAGUCGUUCUGGCCAACAUCGGCAGUGAAGAAGCUCUUCAACUUGGGAGCUGACGCCAACGUGUUCAGUGCAGACGAGGACGAGGACAAUUCAGUGAGGAACAGAAAGGUCUUUCGAAGAUACUCUGAGUCGGGGAUAUCUCACACGCACUUCACCUACAACCAGAACUUUAGUGUUUUUGCCGGAACUUGGAACGUUGCUGGGAAGCCUCCUGCCGACGACAUUGAUUUAAGCGAAUGGCUCCUUGUUAAGGAUGCAGUUGACAUCUAUGUGGUCGGGUUUCAAGAGAUCGUCCCUCUGAAUCCUGGAAAUGUCCUAGGCGCCGAAGACGAAGGACCCGCUACCAAGUGGGAAGCUAUCAUCCGGCGGACACUUAAUGGAGACCGGAGACAAACAAAAAGCGCUCCUUCGUCGCCCUGGAGGGAAGGUGUUGACGAUAACUCCGAAGCCAGUCCUGAUCACACGGAAACAUCACAGCCUGAGAACUUCAACAAGCACAAGAAGGCAUACAGCAGUUCAGAGCUGGAAUUUGGAAGCUCGACACAGACUAAAACAUCCUACGUCCGUAUGAUAAGCAAGCAAAUGGUCGGGAUCUUCAUCACCGUUUGGGUUCGGAAAGACUUGCGGCAGUAUAUCCACAAUGUUAAAGUUUCCUGUGUUGGAUGCGGCCUAAUGGGCUACUACGGCAACAAGGGGUCUGUUGCUGUGAGCAUGAACUUUGAUCAGACAAGCUUUUGCUUUGUAUGCACGCACUUGACAUCUGGCGAGAGAGAAGGCGAUGAACUCCGCAGGCAUUCAGAUGUCAUUGAAAUCUUAAGACGAACUACUUUCUCGAAGUCAGAUGACGGCUCUCCAGCAAGCAUUCUCGCUCACGAUCGAGUUCUAUGGCUGGGCGACUUAAACUACCGGCUGUCAUUGUCUAACGGAGAGACCAAAACUCUUUUGGAAAGCGAAAACUGGAGUGCGCUUCUACAAAAAGAUCAGCUCAAGCUUGCCCAAAGCGUGGGUGGAGUUUUUCAUGGAUGGCAGGAAGGAGCAAUCGAGUUUGCUCCGACUUACAAGUACAAAGCAAACUCCACCGAGUAUUCGAACGGCGGAGAGAAACAAAGAACACCAGCCUGGUGCGACCGAGUACUGUGGAAGGGAAAAGGACUUCGACAAAUCAAUUACUAUCGGACAGAAUACACUUUCUCGGACCACAGGCCGGUGACCGCCAUGUUUGUGGCCGAGGUGGAAUUGCUAAAGAGACGCGGUCCCUUGAGAGCGGCAGACGAUGCUUCCACUCUGGACUUCAAGAAAAUGCACCUGGGAAUUGUUCCACUGUGUGGAAUCGAGGAGAAAAGAAGAGACUCGUUUUUGCUUCCAAACGCAACGAUAUGAUCGAGCUAUGGAGGAAAGAUUUUUUGUUUCGGGAGGAGUGUACAGGGAGGAACUGGAAAGCUCUAGCCAAAGUUUUAUCAUACUUGUAAGAUUGUUGUAAAGGCAAAGGUAUCGGUUGGUAGUA